AUGGGUUUCUCCAAAUAUGAAGACAAAAUGGUCAAGCCAGCCUUGGCCUUCAGAAACUUCCUCGAUCACACGCCUAACAUCACCAACAUCUACUUCAUUGCCUGUAUUUCUUGUAUCUCGGGUAUGAUGUUUGGUUUUGAUAUUUCCUCCAUGUCCGCCUUUUUGAGUCAGGACUCUUACCUCCGGUUCUUCGACAGCCCCAGCUCCGAUAUGCAAGGUUUCAUCACCGCUGCCAUGUCUCUUGGUUCCUUCUUUGGUUCCAUGCUUACAUCCUUCAUUUCCGAGCCCUUUGGCCGUAGAGCCUCGCUUAUGCUGUGUGCCUGGUUGUGGAUGAUUGGCGCUGCUAUCCAGUCUUCUUCGCAAAACAGAGCUCAGUUGAUUAUUGGCCGUUUUAUUUCUGGUGUGGGUGUUGGUUUCGGUUCUUCUGUUGCUCCAGUUUACGGUUCCGAAUUGGCUCCUAGAAAAGUCAGAGGUUUCAUUGGCGGUAUGUUCCAGACCAGUGUCACCUUGGGUAUCAUGGUGAUGUUCUACAUUUCCUUCGGUUUGAGUCACAUCGACGGUGUGGCUUCUUUCAGAAUCGCCUGGGCCAUCCAGAUUGUUCCUGGUUUGUUGUUGGCCAUUGGUCUUUUCUUCAUUCCCGAGUCUCCUAGAUGGUUGGCCAAGCAGGGCUACUGGGACGAUGCCGAAAAGAUUGUCGCUGAGAUCAACGCCAAGGGUGACCGUGAAAGCGCCGAUGUCCAGAUUGAAAUCUCCGAAAUCAAGGAGCAGUUGCUUGUGGAGGAAAACGUCAAGGCCUUCACUUUCGCCAACUUGUUUUCCAAGAAGUACCUCCCCAGAACCAUCACCGCCGUCAGCGCCCAGAUCUGGCAGCAGUUCACCGGUAUCAACGUCAUGAUGUACUACAUUGUGUACAUUUUCGAGAUGGCCGGUAUUUCCGACAACGCCAACUUGGUCUCCUCCUCCAUCCAGUACGUCUUGAACUUUGCUUGUACCGUUAUCGCUCUUUUCCUUAUGGACAAGAUCGGUAGAAGACCCUUGUUGCUUGGAGGUGCUGUGAUGAUGACCAUCUGGCAGUUCUCUGUGGCUGGUAUUCUUGGAAACUACUCUGUCCCAUACCCCGACUCUGGUUCCACCUCGGUCACCAUCAGAAUUCCAGACGACCAGAAGGCCGCUGCCAACGGAGUUAUCGCUUCUUGUUACUUGUUUGUUUGUUCUUUUGCCAUGUCCUGGGGUGUGGUUACCUGGGUCUACUGUUCUGAGAUGUGGGGUGACUCUGUUUCCAGACAGAGAGGUGCUGCUUUGGCCACUGCUUGCAACUGGAUUUUCAACUUUGCCAUUGCCAUGUUCACGCCUCCUUCUUUCGCCAACAUCAACUGGAGAACCUACAUUAUUUACGCUGCUUGCUGUGUGGCCAUGUUCUUCCAGGUGUUCUUCUUCUUCCCUGAAACCAAGGGCAAGCGUUUGGAGGAGAUUGACCAGAUCUGGAUCGAAAAGGUGCCAGCCUGGAAGACCGGCUCGUGGAAGCCUGCUGUUCCUAUUUUGUCUGACGCCGAGUUGGGCGACAAGAUCAGAACACAGCAUGCUGAAAACGACCUGGGGUUGCUUAAUAGCACGGCGUCGGCUUCUGAGAAGGAUGCCGUUGACCACAGGGAGAACAACGAUGCUGCUGACAGGGUUUAG